UUAAAUUGUUAAAGAAACCAAAGCGAAUACCAAACAGAAAGAAUUAUGUCGUUUUCCAAAGCCAAAUUGAAGCGUUUCAAUGAUGUGGACGUCGUUUGCGGCUCUCCAGCUGCCUCCGCCAACUCGAACAGCUCGGCUGGCUCCACGGGCUGUGCCACGCCCACAGCGGCUGCUGCAGUGACUCAGACGGCGCCGCCGCCCGAGCGCAAGGAGCAAAUCGAAAAGUUCUUCAAGGAUGCGGUGCGAUUCGCCUCCAGCUCCAAGGAGGCCAAGGAGUUUGCCAUACCCAAGGAGGACAAGAAGUCGAAGGGCCUGCGACUCUUUCGCACACCCUCGCUGCCGCAGCGCUUGCGCUUCCGUCCGGCGGCCAGUCACACAGCGGAGCAGGUGGUGGGCAGCGGAGCCUCGACGGCGUCCUCCACACCGCUGCACUCGGCCACAACGACGCCGGUGAAGGAGGCCAAGUCGGCGAAUCGGCUGAAGGGCAAAGAGGCGCUGCAGCAGGAGAUACGCAACAAGAACGAGCUGAUCGAGAGCUAUAUGAGCCAGCUGGACGUGGUGCGCCGUCACGUGGACCAGCUGAAGGAGACGGAGCAGAAGAUGCGUGAGGAGCACGAGCAGACAGCGGCCAAGACGGAGCAGUUGUUGCAGGCGCUGAGCAGCGAGAAUCUCUCGCACAAGCAGCGCAACGAGCAGCUGAGCGCCGAGCAGUCGCAGUUGAUGGAGCGCUACGCCCAGCUGGAGCAGCAGAUGCAGCUGCAGCGGGAGGAGCACGAGAAACAGGUCGAGCGUCUGCUGGCCGAGAACGAGGCCUACAAGUUGGCCAACGAGCAGUUGCAGCAGACCUGCGAGCAGCAGCAGACGGCACAGCAGCAGCUGGAGCAGCAGCUCGGAUCACUCCAAGAGGAGGUCACCCAGGCGCGUGAGAACUGCAAGGCGGAGCAGCAGCGAAACAGCGAGCACUUGCAGCAGAUCGAGAGCUUGCAGGCGAAGAAUGCCGAGGUGCUGGCCAAUGUGGAGCAGCUGAAGCAUCAGAUCGAGCAGGACGCCUUGGCCUAUGGCCAGGAGACAAAGAUCACCCAGACGGAGCUCGAGUGUCUGCGCGUGGAGCGCAACACUCUGAAGAACGACCUGGCUAACAAGUGCACGCUGAUACGCUCGCUGCAGGACGAGCUCCUGGACAAGGCCUGCGAGAUCGACGCCCACUGCGACACCAUACGCCAGCUGUGCCAGGAGCAGGCCAAGCGCACCGAGCAGCAGCAGGCCCAGCAGCAGGCGGAGAAUGAGCUGGAGAGUGCCGUGGAGCGCGAGAAGAGCUACUGGCGCGCCGAGCUGGACAAGCGACAGAAGCUGGCCGAGAACGAGCUGAUCAAGAUCGAGCUGGAGAAGCAGGAUGUGAUGGUGCUGCUGGAGACCACCAACGACAUGCUCCGCCAGCGCGACGAGAAGCUGCAGAAGUGCGAGGAGCAGCUGCGCAACGGCAUCGACUACUACAUCCAGCUGAGCGACACGCUGCAGCAGCAGCUGGUGCAGCUCAAGCAGGACAUGGCCAAGACCAUCACCGAGAAGUACAACUACCAGCUGACCCUGAACAACACGCGCUCCACGGUCAACAUCCUGAUGGAGCGGCUCAAGAAGUCCGAUGCCGAUGUGGAGCAGUUCAAGGCGGAGCUGGAGUCGGUGCAGCUGGCCAAGGGCGCCCUGGAGCAGAGCUAUCUGACGCUGCAAGCGGAUGCGGCACAGCUGCGCCAGCAGCUCAAUGAAUCGCAGGCGGCGCUCGAGGCGCUGCGCAGCUCGUCGGCCACCCUGCAGCAGGAGGAGCGCAUCGACGGGGAUGCCCAGCUGGCCCACUACUGCGACAUGUACAGCGAUCUGAAGCGCAAGGAUGAGACGCGCGAGCUGUACAUGGCGGACAUGAAGAAGGCCCUGGAUGAGUUUGCCACCGUGCUGCAGUUGGCCCAACUGGAGCUGGACAACAAGGAGCAGCUGCUGGUGAAGGUGCGCGAGGAGUGCGAGCAGCUCAAGCUCGAGAAUAUCGCACUGAAGUCCAAGCAACAGCCCGCCGUGGCAAUGCUGACGCCCAGCAAGGCCAACAAGCCGAACACCACAGAUCUGGAGAAGAUUGAGGACUUGCUGAUCGAUUCGGAGCUGCGUGCCGAAUGCGACAAGAUCACCUCGUGGCUGCUGAACUCCUCCGAGAAGAGCGUCCGCCAGGACAACAACAACGAGCUCACCGAGCUGCUCGCCUGCAAAUCGCCCAAGGCCCGAACUCCACGCACACCUCACAGUCCGCGCACGCCGCGCACCCCCCGCUCCGCGGCCAGCACACCCAAGAAGUCGUUAAUCUUCGCCAGCGGCAAAGAGAACGUGCCCAGUCCGCCCCAGAAGCAGGUGCUCAAGGCGCGAAAUAUGUAGGCCACCAUUUCCAACAUAAUUUCACGAAAAUUCCAACUUUAGGCUAAAUUUCUACACAUUAAAUUAUAAAUUAGUUAAGAAAACAACAACAACACUCUCUAUAUGCAUAUAUAUAUACCGUAUAUGAAAUACAUGAUGUGCUUUGCUGCCACUACAACAAUUAGAAA